AGGCAGCAGUGUAGCGAACGCAACACAAAGUCCCGGCCUGCACAAAACAGGGAAUCGCACCAGCCGGAAUAAGACACUAUCGAAAUUGUGAUUCUCGUUUAGAGGACGAGAAAAUUCGAAAUUCAUCCCGUCGAAAUCGGCCGUGGUAACCGAAGGGGGUCGAAAAUGGUGCAGGGCGUGUAACAAGUGGCGAGAAGGGAGAGCGAGAGGGCAUGAAUGACGUCGGCAUGGGUGCAGCACGCGUGCGCCGGGUGGCCUAACUAACAGGCGAGCGAGCAGCAGCAGCAGCGAAGCGAGCCCAGAUUACUCCGGCAGCCCCGCAUGGAAUGCAGGGUACAAAUUUAUUGAUUGCCCGUCGCCGACACCAUGGAGUAGGCGGCUCGGCCGGUCGACGAGCGGUGUGCGCCCUCGGCAGCAUGGUGUCGGCAGCGGCGGUGGUGCUGCUUUUCGCCCUCCAACUCGCUUCGGCCAGGCAACUCUACUCAGGAGAUAUCACCCCUGAGGAGUUGAUGAUUGACCAAGUAGCGGCCAUCCUUCAGCAACGACACCUUCGAGAACGAGAACGAGAGGCUGCUGCCAGAGUGGCUGAAUAUGGCUAUUCCCCUGAAAUGAUUGGUCCUGGUGGUGAAUUUUCUUAUCAAUUUCCACCCCUGCCGGGUGGCAGAGAGUCUCAACAUGAGCCCUACUUUGCGGUCAACCCGUCAGAUCCCAGGUACUACUUGCCUAAACCACCAGAGCCUGAGGACGAUGAAGAUGGCAACUCGUAUUUAGCAGAGCCUAUUUGGAAUGGAGCCAAAUACUACCCACUGGACAAUAACGACCUUAGUGAUCGUCCCCUGAGGAACUUCGAGGCUGGUGGCGUCAUGCAGAGAGGAGGUGGUCGGCCCAUUCCUCCGGCAAACCCCGAGCCUCCUUUGUUUGUUGAGCAGCCGCAGACAAAUGCUCCGAGAAAAAUAAAGCACCAAAGAAAGAGCACCCCGUCGCCCACGCCUCCAUCGACCACCACUCACGAACCAUUGCCUGACCACCAUGCCAGGGUGCUUCAGGAGCCAGUUCCUGAGGAAACAGACUCAGAAGUUUAUUUCCUGGCGAUAAUUGCGGGUUGCAGUGCUGCAGGAAUUGUCGCUGUCAUAGCAACUGGAAUCUGCUGGUACAAGUUGCAGAGGAAUGCAAAAGCGACCGCAGACGUUGAAUACCCGGCGUACGGCGUGACUGGCCCCAAUAAAGACGUUUCGCCAACCUCUGGGGACAGAAGGCUGGCCCAGUCCGCCCAGAUGUACCACUAUCAACACCAGAAACAGCAGAUCAUCGCCAUGGAAAGCAGGGCAGCAAAUGAAAGGCGGGGGUCAAUGUCCGAAGCCGAAAGCGAUGACGAAAACGACGAAGGAGACUACACGGUCUAUGAGUGCCCAGGACUUGCUUCGACUUGCGAAAUGGAGGUGAAAAAUCCACUGUUCCUGGAUGACCCGACACCCGCUACUCCGGUUACGCCUGCGAAGAGUGAAGACAAGUCCUCUAACGCGACAGAUUCAAGCAAAAGAUCAUCGGCUGCCAGCGUCAAGUAACCAGACUAACAAGCUUGAUUUUACGUUAGCUGACACAAAAAAUAUGAUAAUAUUUGAUAUAUUCUUUGAAGCCAUAUCUUUUCUGUCCAAUGAAACAAUUUAAAGAAACGUUUUAAGAGAAAGAAACUAUACGAAAUCUGUGGUAUUUGAAAUCUUUUGAAUGAAAUUUAAAAGAAAAAAUGGUGCUUCUUCCUUUUAGACGAUUGGAUACAUUUUAUAGCAUUUUUUUCAUGGCUGGACUGGACAUAACUCCUUGAAAGCAAAACACACUCCCUUGUAAUUCCAUUAAACAUAAUUAUAUCAUAUUAUGACAUAGCUAAAUAUUAUAUUAAAUGUUGCACGACAAUUCCCUGCACAUCCUUGAAACAAUUAUUUUCCUACCUUAUCUCUCUUGUGAUCUUCCAAGCCUACGCUCUUCUAAAAAUGCUACCCUCACGACAAAAUGACGAAUUUUAACGCAGAACUUAUACAUUACACAUAAGUAGGAGCCACUAUGAAAGAUCACCUUAGUUUCACUUUUAAACGGAACCAAUUUUCUUCUGGUAAAGUGUGAAAUUUAUUAUCAAAUAGCACAUACAGAUCUCAACUCACAAAAAUAUUGUAAAAUAAAUAGAAAAGAAAACAUUAUAAUAAUUUAUGAGUGUAAAAGAGAGUAGAACGAUCUCUUUAAUUGAGUAUAAAAUAGCGAUACAGGAAAUAAUUAUGCCAAUUGCAUUAUACAAAAAUGAUGCUUUAUAAUCAAUGCCAGACCUGCAAAUCAAUUCAAACGCACUCUUCACCUAUCAAUAGUUCCCAAUUAGGAAGUAGAGGAGCUCUCCGAUGCGUUCAAACCCUAAAAACGUUGUGUUUUUAAAGAUAAGUAAUUGCGAAUAAUCCCGCUUUGUGUUUUUAUACGCUACUCUCACAGAGAAAUUUGAGAUGAUAACUUGAAAAUGAACAAUCAAUGAAAUGAAAAAUCCUUUAGUAAAUUAAUAAAUCGGCUGAGCUUUUGGAAAACCAUAAAUGGCGUCAAUUAAACGCGGUAUUGCAAUUAUCUACUGACAGGCACUCUAUACAAUUAAGAAAAAUCAAAAGUCAAUGAACAGAACAAGAAAAGAACUGCUCCCCAGUAGUUGUUUUUAAACUUUUAAGAUAUUGCCGAUAUUGCGAAAUAUUAACAAUGUCACAUUAUUUUGAAGAAUAAAAAAAUUUUAAGCAAAUUUGAAACUGGCCACAACCUAUCCAUCAUUUUGAACUAACCAACUUUAGUUUUUAGACAAAGAACAUAGUCAAUUCUGUUUUCAUUCUCAAAUAAUAUUUGUUUGGUAUUUCUUGCUACCUCAACUGUAGCACGAAAAAUAACACAAUGCUAUUAAUGAAUCAAUGUGAAUACAACAGGAACUGAAUUGUGAAAAUAACUUUAUACAAGACCUAUAUAACUGCUGUUGAUAUAUGAUUGGCUUCGUACGAGUCAGAACUAAGUCACUAAUGUUAAUUAGAAUUGGAAAAAUAUAUAUAAAUAUGAAAAUAUUUUCUUGUUGACUAAAACUCUUCAAUUGUGUAUCAUGCAGUGCAACAACCUGUAUAUUUUUCCCUGUACUUUAAUGAUUAAGUUAACUUAUAAGAAUAUAUAUUAUAUUGUGCAUGUUGUUUUAAAUUUUUGUUAAAGAAGAGAUGCAAAAUGCAUAUUUUUCAAUUUUCAUAUUUGGUCCCACUAUUUAAAAACAAAGACACGAACGUAAAAUGAUGUAGCCACUUAUUAAACAUACAUAGCUGUCUAUCAAAUGGUAUAAUCAGUGUGUGAAGCGACUUAAACUUUUGUGAGAUGAGUGUGAAGGAGACCGUCUCAUCUUCACACUCAUCUAAACAAACAUGAUUAUCCAUUACGUGUAUAUUUUCCCCAAAAAUAAAUGAAAAUGUACUAAAUAAAUUUGAUUUCGAUGAGCAUUA